AUGUUUCAAACAAUAUUUGCUGGAGUCAAUAUUGUUUAUAAACUGGCUGCAAAAGAUGGAAUGAAGUUGUCCAUUUUGGUGGGCUAUAGAUUUAUGUUUGGCACUGGUUUUAUGGUUUCGGUUGCCCUCUUGGUUGAAAGGAAAAAGAAGCCUAAGUUAACAUGGAUGGUAGUCUUCCAAACGCUUCUUUGUAUUCUAUUUGGAAGAUCACUCGGCCAAAAUCUUUACUUAAAAAGUAUGGCAAUGAUUUUUGCAACUUUUGCUUCAGCCUUGAUCAAUCUUAUUCCGACAUUGAACAUAUUUUCUUAA